AUGCAGGAAGUACACGAUAAUUAUCGCAGACGACUAGAUUUCAUUUCGCGAAGGAGCGGCAUCGAUUCUCAAUCGAUUCCUUUACGCAAUCGAUCCGUCUUCAAUCGAAACAUAAUAAAAGCAGAUACGCAACGCGCAAUCGUCGGGUACGCGCUAGCGUUACCCGCCGAUGAAUCCGCUCCAGGUAGUCUCUCGCGCUCGAAACGAUCCCACCACGAACCGGAGGGCUACUGGAGCAAGAAGCUAACGUGGAAAACCGAAUGGGUGAAGGUGUGGAAGCACGAGAAGAAGCUCAUCUGGAAGCCGGAGUGGAAAAAAACGCAGGUGCCGGCCUGGAAGGAGGUCCAAGUGCCCGUUUGGAAGGAGAUCCAGGUGCCGGACUGGAAGGUGAUUUCGAAACCGGCGUGGAUCGAGAAGCAGGUGCCCGCCUGGAAGGAGAUCCAAGUGCCCGAUUGGAAGGAAGUCAAAGUUCCGGCCUGGAAGGAGAUCAAAGUGCCCGACUGGAAGGAGAUCCAAGUGCCCGAUUGGAAGGAGAUCCAAGUGCCCGCUUGGAAGCAGAUUUGGGUGCCGGUGUGGAAGGAGGUGCAAGUGCCCGCCUGGAAGGAGGUCCAGGUGCCCGAAUGGAAGAAGUCCUUCGUGCCCGAAUGGGUGAAGGAGGGCAUCCACGGCGAGCACUAUUUGGGCAAGGACGAUCACGGCAGCGAGUACACGGCGCACGACAUCUGGAAGAAGAAGCUCAUCUGGAAGCCGGUGUGGAAGAAGGUGUGGAAGACCGAGAAGAAGCAGAUCUGGGUGCCGCAGAAGAAGAUGGAAUGGAAGUCGGAGUGGAAGCAGAUCUGGAAGACCGAGAAGAAGCAAAUUUGGCGGACGGAGAAACAGCAAAUCUGGCGGACGGAGAAACAGCAAAUAUGGAUACCGAAGAAGGAGCAAAUCUGGAGAACGGAGAAGAAGCAAAUCUGGAUACCCAAGAAAGAGAUGAUUUGGAAGCAGGAAAAGGUGCAAAUAUGGCGUACCGAGAAGGUGCAAAAAUGGAUCACCGAAAAGAAGGAGAUCUGGAAGGAUGAAUACAAGAAAAUUUGGGUUCCGGUUUGGAAAACCAUCGAAGUACCGGCGUGGAAGAAAAUCUCCAAGCCGGUGUGGGAGAAGGUCUGGGUGAAAGUCCACCACCACCACGGAUGGGAUUAAACCGCCCGGUUAUAAAUAAUCCCUUCUUUCUGUACAUAUUUCCUUCGUUUUAACUACCCGCUAGACCCCCAAACUGAUUCUUCGCUGUUUUAACGAAUACUCACCCUGUAUCAACUAAUCACAAAAUGCGCAAAUUUCGCUAAAAAAAUCACUCGAAUUCGAACAAAAUUUCAAAUUUUUUCUUAACCCAACUUCUUCUUUUUUAAUGUACCACUGCCUAAUUUGCACAUCGGUUAACAGGUGAGUGGUAAAAUCACUCCAAAAUGUUUUAUAUUUUUUCUUUACCCAAUUUAUUCUUUUUUAUUAUGAUUCCUCUCUGCCUAUUCGGCACUUCGACUACCAGACGAGGAGUAAAAACACAAUCCUUUCCCUUUUUUUUGUACUAUACGAUUUCUUCUAUUAUAAUCCCUGCCUCUGCCUAUUUGGCACAUCGGACAUCUUUCUCUCUACCCACCUCUUGACCUUUCUCUUUACUUACCACCAUAAUUAUAUGCAAAGUACGUUCGAAAGAAUUUCUUUAAUGCAUUUUAGUAGUAUCUUCAAUUUCCCUUUUGCUUACGCUAAGAUGGCACAUUUCUCGUGUUUCUAACACCUCCGGUAUUUCCCCCGUCGUUCGUACGUUGAUCUCUCUAGGUUCCCGCAUUUCCUGACCUCCACCCACGUCGAAAUAGCGAAGAAUCAGUCGAGUUAGUGUAAGUACAAAGCACUGUAUAUAUACGACAGGUUCGCCAAUGAGUAUUCUUUAUUAAUU